UCGUUUGCGUAUGAAUAACAGAAGUCCGGCUCACGUUUGCUAACUCGUGUGCUAACAACAAGGCUCGCUGGCUGACGUCGUUGGUUGACGCCGACCAUCGAGUCACGUUGUCCCCGAGAAUCGAUGUCCAACUCUGGCUUGACAGGUCGACUCUCACCGGGGAGUGGAUCGGAGGGGAGAGUCCGAGGAAUCAGGCGACGACGAGACAAGGAGGAAAAGCAUCAAUGGCGACAUGGAUCCAAAUCAGCCUCCCGCCACGAAUAAAGAAGAGUCUCCCGUUGAAAUGGACACCAUCACUCUGGACCCAGAAGAGGAGGAUGUUGACCUAGUUCAUUGCCGUAUUGGAAAAAUUGAAGGACUCGAAGUACUACAGAAAGCAAAAACCCUCUCCCUAAGGCAGAAUCUGAUUAAAAAAAUUGAAAACCUGGACAGUCUAAGCUCACUACGAGAGCUCGAUUUGUACGACAAUCAAAUCCGCAAGUUGGAAAACCUUAACAAGCUCACGCAGUUGGAGCAGCUGGAUGUGUCCUUCAACCUUUUGAGGAAGGUGGAGGGUUUGGAGCAGCUGACUCAGCUGAAAAAACUUUUUCUGCUUCACAACAAAAUCGGCUGCAUAGCCAACCUGGGUCACUUAACCUGUCUGGAGAUGCUGGAGCUGGGCUCCAAUCGCAUUCGAGUCAUAGAGAACUUGGAUACGCUCACGUCUUUGCAAAGCUUAUUCCUUGGCACCAAUAAAAUUACCACGCUGCAGAAUAUGGACAGUUUGCACAGCCUGACCGUGUUAAGCAUUCAGAGUAAUCGGAUUACUAAAAUGGAAGGUCUGCAGAACCUGGUCAGCCUACGAGAACUCUACUUGAGCCACAAUGGCAUCGAGGUCAUCGAGGGCUUGGAAAACAAUAAAAAGCUGACAACUCUGGACAUCGCGGCGAACAGAGUGAAAAAGAUUGAGAACAUUAGUCAUCUAACGGAGCUGCAGGAGUUCUGGAUGAACGACAACCAGAUCGACAACUGGUCGGAUCUGGACGAGCUGAAGAACGCCAAAUCGUUGGAGACUGUCUACCUGGAGAGAAACCCGCUGCAGAAGGACCCGCAGUACCGGCGGAAGAUCAUGCUGGCGCUGCCCAGCGUGCGCCAGAUCGAUGCCACCUUCAUCCGCUUUUAAACACGCACUACAAUAUAUGCCAUUCACUUCAGUAUUCCCCCCGCACUCUUCUCACAACUCGAUCACUAAAUCUUUUUUUCUGCGUUCACAAAUUACACAUGGCGACAUUAAAGUCACCCACUUACGCACUUGCUUGCUUAUUAACGACGUUGGAAAUAAACUGUGAAGUAACAUCAACUCCGUCACAUUCCUAUUGCCCAUCACGCCAGAAAUAACAUCAUAUUUGAAGAAUUAAAAUGGAAGGCUCGUUCCCUAAAUCGUAAUACAGCGGCACCUUGACUUAAGAGUGCCCAGGUUUACAAGCUCUCGUUUAGUUGAGUUUUAGUCAUGGUUGCCCAUGCACUUUUUUUAUAGAACGUAACUCGAGCAAAUAUUAGGUGGCAUUUCAAUUGAGAAAAAUGAUAUGUUACUGUUGAAAUAUGUCCUUCAGUUGCAAGCUUGGUCAAGCAAUUAAGAUUGUAAGGCAACGUAACACUACAAGAUGGGCCAAAAGUAGUCUUGCACUUUUUGAAUGGAAUUGAACAAUUUUACAACAUUUUUAAAAAUUCACAAACUCCCUUUUCGCCUCUUCCUGCCUUUGUUUGUUCAGACUUUUUUAUUCAUGCAUCCUCGCCCUUAUGUUUAAAACAUGCUUUUCUACCUUCGUUAUAUCAUCCUUCCACCUACCUGUAUUUGUAACUUUUUUUUUUUUGCAUGCGGUCCUUCCAUCUGUAUUUUUUCAAUACUAUUUUAGAGUUCACUUUGUUAUUUUCAAUUUGUGGUACAAAAAGUAGGAGUGCAAACAUACUAUUGACCCAUCUGCAAUUGAGUUUAUAGUAAUCGGCACCAAACUAAUUAUUAAAUGUUGAAAUCUGAAAGCGCGAAUUUCAUCUGUGUGGGGGUUUUUUUUCUAAAUUUUAUUUUACAGCAAAUCUUGACGAAUGUCCCUCUUGUGUCGCCCUUAUCUUACAGCAGAGUGACCGCUCUGUGAUAAAAACAACGCAUACAAGAAUGUAACAUUUGUGUCUGUCUAGGGUGGUAGUUCUUUGAUUUUUUUCAUACACUGAUCACAGCUUUGAUUCUUUUGCUUGUUCAGUUUAUUUGGAGUGCUUCGCAAAGGUUUUUACUGUUUUACCUCGAGCUCUGAGUCCGAAUGAUGAGUUUAACGAUGCUGCAGUGACACGUUCUUGUAUUAUUUAUUGACAGUUCGCACUCAACUUUAAAAAUUAAAAAAAGAUGAGUGGCUGUUUGUACGGUGGUCUCUUGUAUACACCUGAGAUCUCUUGAUGCAUGAGUACGUUAAAAAUUUGCUUUUUUUCGUUACAUUGACAAGAUGUUUGGUUGAAAUUUCAAAGUUAAACACCUUUUUGAUUAUUUUAAACGAUUAUAAGAGUGUAUUUUGAACUGAAGUGGUUUAAAAUAAAGUGUAAGUGGUUUAAAAUAAAAGUCAUCUUAAAUUGCCACUCAAGGAGAAAUCUGAUUUUACUAUUUGUUUAAAUGUUCUACAUCACAGGGUUUUUGGACUUGAAAUGGAAUGUAUUAUGCAAACAACAAU